ACGUCCUGAAGAAAGCAGAGAGCAGUGAAUGAGCGCUCGGAGAAGCUGGGCGGCCCCGGGAACGGAGCAGCGUUUUCAAAAGUCCUUCUGCAAAAAACAAAACUCUCUGCACGUUUGCGUUUGCAGUUCAGCCGGUAACAUGACUAAAGGAAGCUGCCUCAGUGCGUUGUAGCUGUUUGGGAUGACCGGAGCUGGACCUUACAGAGGGGAAAGCAAAGAGGAAAACAGUGGUGAGAGGAGGGACAACAUCUGCUCAGAGAGGAUAAGAUCAGCAGCCCAUCUGGGUCUGAACAGGGAACCAACUCGACCUUUCUCUUUGUAAGGAAAGGAAUCCAAACUCCCCAGAAGCAGCGCUCUCCGCUGUCGCUUCAGAGGGCUUCAGGAAUUUUUUUAUUUAAUUUUUUUUGUCACUGGUUUUGACCUUCUCAGCGCUACCGCCAUGUGCCAUGUCAUUGUAACAUGCCGCUCCAUGCUCUGGACCCUGCUCAGCAUUGUAGUGGCCUUUGCCGAGCUCAUCGCCUUCAUGAGCCCUGAUUGGUUGCUGGGAUUCCCGCGCUCGGACUCCAGCGUGAGCGGGGCAGGAGUGGACUCCGGGGAGUACCGGCCGUCGCUCGGCCUCUACAGCCGCUGCCUUCGUGUCGGGAGCCGGGGAGUCGGGGUGAGCUGCGGGCCUUACGCCAGGACCUUUGGAGAAGUGGCCAGUGGCUUCUGGCAGGCCGCCAUGCUGUUUCUGGCGGCGGGGACGCUGGUGUUGGGAUGUGUGGCCUGUAUCUCCGUCUUCAGCCUGUGCUUCCAGAGCAUCCUGAGGAAGAGCAUAUUCAACAUCUGUGGGCUGCUCCAGGCUAUUGCAGGCCUGCUGCUGAUGGUGGGCCUCAUGCUGUACCCCGCUGGCUGGGGUUCGGAGAAGGUGCUCGGCUACUGCGGCCCCGAGGCCUCGCCCUUCAGGCCGUCCCUCUGCUCGCUGGGCUGGGCGUUCUACACGGCGAUCGGAGGAACGCUGGCCACCUUUCUGUGUGCCGUUCUGUCGGCGCAGGCUGAGAUCGCCACCUCCAGCGAUAAGGUUCAGGAGGAGAUCGAGGAGGGGAAGAGUCUCAUCUGCCUGCUCUGAGCCUCCGGAAACCUCCGGAAACUGCAAGAAAUCAUCAUCGGAUGUGGGCACCGGUACGUCUCCAGUGGAGGGAGGGUAGACACUUCACUUGGGGGUUUUCCUGAGAGAAGCCUUGGUAACCUACCUGAUGAUAUCAAGGCAAAGGAAAGAAAAAAAAAGCUUUUAUCCGCUCAACAACUUCAGGUUAAACCAUCAGAAGCUUCUGGUAAAACAGGAACAUUCCAGCUGUACACUUACGCAGCCUUUUUGAACAAGAUACUGUUUAUUUUUAUACUAUUUCCUGCCUUAAACAAACCACUAGAAGAAUAGCAGGAGGUUAAUUAAAGGAAUGAUGGACAGGUUAAUGGCUGCCAUGAUGUUCAUUCACACAGUUCAGCUGCAGACCUCUGACCACUAGCAGAUCUGUCCACUCCCACAGCCUUCAUAUCUGUGCUAGACGUGAGCUGUGGAGGUUUCUAAAUGUGCUCUGAAUCUGUGGCGCAGCAGGACAGCACGACUCUCCUGCUAACUUCACAUGUGCCANUGAAGGGAUUGUUCACUUCAAAGGGGAGUUCCUCCUCCGGUUGAACAGCUUGUUUGUGGAUCCAUUGAAGAGCAGCGUGCUGAAGAAAAGGCUCGCCAGAUGUUUCACCGUGUGGGAUGUUUGCUCACAGUGAGGUGAAGCAGGUUGCACCAGAGUUUUAUCACGACACGACACGCAGAGAACCAAAAAAAAGUGAGUUAAAGAAGCCUUUUGUUAGAUCAAUGCAGAAGCUCCCCGUGGACAAGCUGUUUGAAGUGGACCCUCUCCUUCUUCGUUUGGUACUUCCCAUUCCCAAAUAGCACCUGAUUGUGUUUUGCACUUGGUCUUUGAUUCAUUUCACGUUGCUGCAUAUGUUGUUUUUGUUAUUUUUGUUAAUCCGUGCUCUGUAUGUCACUGUAAACGUAAUGAUCCGCGUGAUGCUGUGCUUUUUAUUCGUUGUAGAUGAGAUGUGCAAUAAUUCCAUUAUAGUGUUUGUUUGCCGAGAGAAUGAGAUGUGAAGCGAAAUCAUGCUUAAACGAGCUUUAGUAAAUUAAUACGCCGACUGUCUGCUGUUUUUGUUACAUUAACAAAAGAAUAGCAGCAUCUGCAGCGCGCUGCACGAUGCUGCAUGUGUGAGAGGUUGAUGUGUGUGAGGAGAGAUGUUCUGUACUUUUAAAUAAAACAGGCCUUGUUUAGUAAAUGCAUGUGUGGUAUAAGUGUUAAAUCUGUAUCCGAACUUGGUGAGGAAACGCUGACACCUAGAGGCAGAAGGUGGAAGACACACAACACCAGCUACUGAUUGGUGCAACAUGCAGGUGUAGCUCAAAGAAUUAAGAAUAUUAUGACAAAAAUUACUAUAUUUAAAACAAAAGAAAUAUUUCACUUUACAUGUAAUGAAUAUAGAAUAUAUGGAAGUUUUCCUUUCUGAAUUAAAUUACAAAAA